AUCUUCUGAGAAUCUAUGGAAAACAAAAUAUUCUGCCAAGUUUGAAAUGCUUCAUGAGAUAUUAUUUGCACUUUCUGGACACUCUGGUGGCCUUUUCGUUGAAAGCAAUGGAGAAAUCAAGGUGCUGUCAGAUGUACCAUUUAUUUGUCCUUCGGAGAUCGACUUGCUGAACAAGCUUUGUCAGCUUGGAACACACUACAGAGACUUUAACGCAUUUAUAAAGAAGCACGGAGGGACUUUAAGCUUAAAACAGGAUGGAUGUGGUAAAAUUGAGGGUAUUCAUGGACUGUACCUGAAGUCAUUUUGCCAUGGCCUUGACCAGCUAUUGGAUGACUACCGCCAGGCCCUUCACAGGCUUGAGAUGGACACACUACAGGAUCCACACCUGUCCAUGUCACAUCUGCUGUGCUCUCUCCAAGAGUAUCAUCUCCUUUUCCCUGCCCUGGCUACAGUUGUGGAACAGAUAUGCAACCACAAGGCCCAUGGAUGUUAUAUUCUAGACAUUCUGCAUAAAAACUCAAUGUGUGGCCUUCCUGUUGUCAAACUGGCCAUGCAUAGGAUCCUACAUGUGUGCCAUGCUGUCAUGUACAAACAACUCUGCUCUUGGUUAUUACACGGCGUGUUGAUUGACCCUUACCACGAAUUCUUCAUCCAACACUCAUCAGAUGAGGACAGUAACCAGAACGCAGCUUCACAGGAAGAUGAAGAUGAUCUUGGCUUACAGGGAGUUACAGGACGACAACUACAGCGUGCACUGUCCCUGACUUUACCUGCGAUUGAGAGCAGUAGUGGGGGUAGUAAAUUUUCACUAAGAGCCAACCUUCUGCCAGUCUACAUACCUGUCAGAGUGGCCAACAAGAUUCUCUUCACCGGCGAGGCAAUCCAGAUGUUUGAGAGUGACAAGAAACCUAACGCUUACAAAAGAGGUGGUAUUCUGAAGAACAAGGAAGAUGAGUUUGCCAAGGAUCUAUAUGAAAUGUCCAAGCAAGAAGAAUUUAAUGGAAUGAUGUUUGAAUCCAUGGUGGACAAAAUCAGGACGUAUGUUGCUGAGCACUUGUGGAGUUUGGUUGUUAAAGACUCGGAUCUUCUUAGUCAUCUUAAGACAAUAAAAGAUUUUUACUUGCUCGGACGUGGAGAGCUCUUCCUGGCAUUUAUUGACCAGACCCAGACCAUGCUGAGAGCUCCGCCAGUAGGCACUACAGAACACGAUGUCAAUACCGCAUUCCAGCAGUCGGCACGGAAUGUUCUUAUCGAUGAUGAGGAGUUGCUCCAGAGGUUCCAUUUAACAGUGGCCUACAAAGCCCCAGAGAAAAAGCCGACAGACAGUGUUUCCUCCCUGAGCCAGUCAGCACCAGUAGAAAGUGGUUGGUCAUCACUUGGUCUUUCUCACACAGUUCAAUGGCCUCUCCACAUCUUCUUCACUCCUUCUAGCCUUCAAAAGUACAACCGUUUAUUCUGUUUCCUCCUGGCCGUAAGACGAGCCCAGGUGGACAUUCAGCAGUGUUGGGUAUUACAGAUGCAGUUCAAACAGCGCUUGGUCAGUCGAGAGGAGAUGGCCAAAUGGCAGCUACGCACUCACAUGUCUUUCUUAGUGGACAACUUGCAGUAUUACCUACAGGUUGAUGUCAUCGAGUCACAGUAUGGAAUCCUUGUGGAUAAGGUCAACUCCACCCGAGAUUUUGAGGCGGUCAGACUUGCCCAUGACCAGUUCCUAUCAGCUCUCCUGUCCCAGAGCUUCAUCCAUAGCAAGCCAGUGUCCAAUUGUUUGAGCGAGAUUCUGGAACAAUGUGGAGCUUUCAGCCACUUACUGACCCACUCCGAGUCACCUAUGUCACAAAGGGAGAUAACCCAGCUACAGUCCAUAGGAAAGAGUUUCCAGCUACAGUCCAACCUGCUGUUUAAGAUCUUGUCCAGUGUUAGAAGUCACAAUGCCAGUCCUCACCUGGCCCAGCUUCUCCUCAGACUUGACUUCAACAAGUACUUUACUACGGCCGGUGGCCAGCUCGGCAGGUAUUGAACAGAACCAAUUGAGAUCACCACAAGCUACAGAAGAACUGGAUUGAUGUGGUUAGAAACACCAUUGAGAAUGAUUAAGAUCAACCAUUACUGUGGAGGGAUAAAGAUGCUUGUGUUAAACCUAGAGCCACUGUCAAUGGUUAACCAGCAAAGGAUGUUUCAAAGCUAACUUUCAUUGGGACAUAAUUAAGAAUUGACCACAUAUGCUUUAAAGGUUUGAUCAUAGCAACUAUCACAUGCUAGUCAAAGAAAGUAUCAGAGAUCAUUCUUGGAGACUUUAAGGACAUCUGAGUAGAGAUCAAUCAACUUAGACAUGGAUGACCGGUUACACCAUACUUUGUUUUUAUGAUCAAACUAACAUGAAGUAUGUAAAAUUUAAUGUAUUCCCAAAAUUAUUGGAGAUUGUUGCUAAUAUUCUCAAAUUUUGUUUGUUCAAUGUUUAAAAAUAGUGCUGCCAAAUUUAAUGUUACAGUUUUUGUAACCUUUGUAAGGAUAGCAAAUAUGAAUAGUAUAUUGACAAUGUGAUAUUUCUACGUUCAAUUAUAAAAACUACUUUUACAUUU